AUGCAACGAUUGCUAUCAAUGAAAGAGAAAUUAGAAGCACAACUCAAAAUGACACAAAUAGCUUAUCAAAAACAUCAACAAGCAUAUGUUCAAUCAAAGACUGAUAUCGAAAAAAUUAUGUCGAACUUUCAAAAUCUUAUCGAGACACAAAAACAACAACUGAUCAGUGAAAUAGAAAGUAAUAACACUAUCUAUGAACCAAUUAUUAAACAACAACAGGAAGAUAUCGAUGAACAGCUUAAAACUGUUUUAAUUAGAAUAUUAUUGACAACACAAAUGUGUAAUUCGACAAAUUUUCAUCAAAUUAUCAAAAUGAAAGGUGAUUUGAUUACUUACAAUGAAUUAAUCGAAGAACAAUAUGAUCAAUUAAUGGAAGGGUGUAUGAUCGAUAUCAAGCAUUUUAUUGCCUAUGAUAAUCUGUCACAAAUCAAAGAAUUACUAAAAAAAUUAGACAAUAUAUCAGUAGAGUCUUUUUUGAUCGAUAAAAGUCACAUUCAACCGUUGCUAAAACUCUCUGAUGUAUGUGAUGAUGACGAGUAUAUUAGAUUGGAUGGCACUCAUGCUUAUGGUUAUCGUUUUUAUUUAACAAUACCAAUGAAAUUUCAGGCCGUACGUGUAAAAUCGAAACUUGUUGAUAACGAUCUCAUUGUUUACAUUUUAAACUCGAAUGAUAUUUUAAUUCAAACAGAAAGAAUUUAUGUAAACAAUCGAAAUUCCGAAAUAUUCAAAUGGUUUGCUAUCCCAAUUACUUGUGAGAUUGAAAAUAAUUAUUCUAUUUUGAUUUGGGCAAAUUCUAAUGGACAAGAAACACCGUUGAUCGCCUGUAACUUUGAACAUCACAAUGUACGCCGAAUUAAUCAGAAUGUAUCUGUUCGUAAUGAACAUGCUCUCAUUGAUACAUCGCUGAAUGUUGAAAUCGGUAUGAAGCUUAAUGUGAUGUAUGAUGAUACACUUUCAAACAAUGAUCCUGAUCUUGCUGAAGCAGUACCAUGUAUUAACAUGAUUUUAGAUAUAUAG